GCCACAUACUCCCAACCUGUUCAGCCUGGGGGUCUGAAGCUCCCAGUGGGGCUGGUCCUGGGUCUGUGUCUGCAGCUGUGACCCUUGACUUACCAGCAGGCUGACCUGAACACCUUCUAUAAUGCCACUCUCAGGAACUCCAGCCCCAAAUAAGAGGCGGAAACCCAGCAAACUCAUCAUGGAGCUCACUGGAGGUGGGCAAGACAGUUCAGGUUUGAACCUGGGCAAGAAGAUAAGUGUCCCCAGGGAUGUUAUGCUGGAGGAACUAUCAUUGCUCACUAACCGUGGUUCCAAGAUGUUUAAGCUCCGGCAGCUUCGGGUUGAGAAAUUUAUCUAUGAAAACAACCCUGAUGUCUUCACCGAUAACUCAGUGGAUCGUUUCCAGAAGUUCCUCCCCACAGUGGGGGGACAACUGGGCACAGAUGGUCAAGGAUUCUCCUAUGGAGCUGGAGGCAGCAGGGGCCAGAUGGGGGGCAGCGGUUCUGCUGGACAAUAUGGCUCUAACCAACACCAGCAUCACCAGGGCUCUGGGCCUGGGUCAGGGGGCAGAGGAGGCCCUGGGAGCCAGGCUGGUGGGGGAGGGGACGGCAGAGAGGGUGACAGUGCGGCAGGGACAGGAGACCAUGCAGGAGGAAAUGGGAAACACAUCACUGUGUUUAAAACCUAUAUCUCCCCAUGGGAGCGAGCCAUGGGUGUUGAUCCCCAGCAGAAAGUGGAACUUGGCAUCGACCUGUUGGCCUUUGGAGCCAAAGCUGACCUUCCUCACUACAAAUCUUUCAACAGGACAGCGAUGCCUUAUGGUGGAUAUGAGAAAGCAUCCAAACGCAUGACUUUCCAGAUGCCCAAGUUAGACUUGGGACCUUUGUUGAGUGAACCCUUGGUUCUCUAUAGCAACAGCCUCUCCAAUAGGCCCUCUUUCAAUCGCACUCCAGUUCCCUGGCUGAGCUCUGGGGAACCUGUUGACUACAGUGUGGAUGUUGGGAUUCCCCUGGACGGAGAGACUGAGGAGCUAUAAGGAGCUCCCUUCCACCUUAUUAAGCCUCAAGGUCCCCUGUCCUGAUCCCAAACAAUGUAGGGAGGAGUUACUAUGCAGCGCACCUCCAGCUCUAAGUCCAUGUGUUUGUGGGAAUGAGGGAAGAACAGAAGGAGGGAGAGCUCUCCCUUGAUUCACCAAUCCAUGUUCCCACUUGAAGCACCAUUUCCCUAGACACAGGA